GUAAACUGAUCACCAAAGCAUAUUAUUGCAUUCGGCAGUCCCAAAGUCGCCCAACCCACAAUCCUCUGUCACAAACCGAAAGAGAACAAGAAAUGAACGUAAACAAAGAAGGAACACGUGCCCCACAAUCCUUCCCUUCUAAAAAGGAGAAACAACAAACUGCUUCCUUAUUACAGGGCAGAUGACAGAGCCUUCACAACACCCUACCCUACAACAAUGACUCUACUGCAUUGCAUUCCAGACACCCCAAUGGCACCUUGAACCAAUGUCAAUGGAACUAUUUUCACCCAUUCGACACGUGCGCUUUAUUCUCUUGGGUGUCAUCUCUGAAACCUCUCUCGUGCAUUGCACGUGAACGUACCUCAGCGGUGUGGGUUUACAUUUGCGACAUAACUCGUGCCCGUGAUGAGUAUGUGUGGUGGGGUUUUUUUUUUUCUGAGAAGUCGAAGAGCAGCACAACACUUCUGCUUACUGCAUUUGGACACAGACUCAAGGGCACCAGGAGGUAAACAUGUCCUCUGCUCCGUUUAGACCCUUGUUCUUCUGGCUAGAAAUUCUAGGAUUCUAGAAUUCAUUACCUCACUGAUAUAAUAUAAUAUAAUAUGUUUCUUUAUGACUGAUUAUGUCGAUUAAUCUUCAAAACCAGGAAGUUGAGAGCAGAAAUGUUACAGUAUCUUUCUCAUAUCUUUCUCUCUCACUCUUAAUUUCUCCCUUCAUUCAGUUGUUACCUGUAAAAUGUAGUAUUUAUUGUAAAUUACGACAAUAUGUCCCUAAACUCAUUUUCUUUCUCUUGGAUGUGGAGGUGAAACAAAAAACGAUUUGUUAUCACCACUACAGACAAUGAGAAUGAAGCUCACUGGUGCUCAGCUGAAAGGGACCUUGCGUCAGGUCUGGUCUGUGUUCGUCCGUCUCUUCACUGCAGACUCCCCUGACAGCUGGAGGAACAAGGUGCUUCUCUCUGCCUUCUGUCUCGCUUUGAGCGUCCUGCUGUCCUGUCUGCUCUUCCUCGGCCUGUGCUACUCUCUGAAGUACGAGACCGCCGUUUCUGCCGGUGUGGCGGUCGCUUUCUGUGGCGGUUCUACCAUAGCCUUGUCCCUGUCUCAGAACGUCCGGUGCUUUGCCGUGCUGGUUCUCAUCUCCUGCGGGCUGAAGCAGAUCAGGAACCUGCUUACCGCCGCCGGAACCAGCCUGGUGGUCCUGUGGAAUGUCCGGAACACACUGGAGAACCUCAGGGGCCUGGCCAAGAGCCUGCUAUGCAACCUGGAGGCCAAGAAAAUUCUGGUGGACCUGGCUCCCCUCAGCAACUAUGUCCAGAUGCUGCGAUGGGUGGGGGGGCAGCUCAAGCACUUCACCGACUUCGGCGCCGGGGAGUUGAGGUCGGAGUUCAAACUCAGUGCCUCGGCCGACUCGGUGGUGUUCAAGCAAAAGCUGUCCGAGGCCAAGCAGGUUCUGAACCAGACUGCUGUGUCUGCCCUGGCCGCUAUGAACAUGACCUCCUCCGUGGCCCAGAAGCUGCUGCCAGCGCUUGGCAUCCUCUUGCUUGUGCUCCUCACUGCCCGCUAUGUGAAGAAAUACCGCACGGACAGGGGCUUUCAGAACAUCUUCAUCACCGAUGCCCUUCUGCGCUACGAUGAGCAGCAAAGGGCCGAGGGCAAGCCCUCCAUUUUCCCACUGACUGAAAAAGAGAAGAAGCGUUACAUCUCCAUUCCAUCCUCCCGUCCCUCGGCCAAGGAGGGGAAGGCCAUGCUCAAAUUUGGCUUCCCAGUUUUCACAAACCUGCUUAUCUGGCUGUUCUUCAUUGGCAUCGACGCGCUGGUGUAUUGGCUCAUCGGAGUGCUUCGCACACGGCUAGAGGAACUAGAACCGUUUCAGAUCCCAGUGAUCAUGCAUCUAAAGGAGGACAAGUCUGUCAUAGGGAUCCCAAUCCAUGUGGACAGAGAGAGGCGGGACUACUCCUACAACCUGACCCUCUUUGAGCAGAAGUGCCUGCCCGAGCCCCGUCUUAUGUUGUACUCCACCGUGCCCCUGUUGGUCAUCCUUACUCUACUGACGUGCCUCAGCCUGCUUUCCGCUAAACUCACCCAGCUCAGGCUGCUGGUGUCGGAGCGCUUCUUCUCCGAGCACGCCGCUGAGCGAGCCCGACACCUGCACCAGAAGAUCCUGAGGAAGAGGAACAAGUGGAAGGUGGGAAACUUGAAAGGAGAGUUGGCGACGCUGGUCAAACAGGCACAGUUUUGGUGUCCCAUCUUAUUUGGACGUCAGCAAGACAACUUUGAACCUUUAACCUGACCCGGUCUGAUGAAAGCUAAAUGGGAUUGUGUGUGGUGAAUGCAUAUGCUACAUUAGACUACUGCAACAACAUCAAUACAGAUAGAUUACUUUUUAUUUUUACCUUUUUAUGUCUUUAUUACAGAGCUUGUUGUUUGUUUUCUUUUUCAGUAUGUAAAGCGUCUUUGAGCACAUGAAAAGCGCUAUAUAAAUGUGACGUACUAUCAUUAUUAUUAUUAGAUUAGCGCCAUAAAUAUUCCUGGGUGAAUGUUGCAACUUGUUGGUGGUUGGAAAUGUAUUGUGAAAUCAAAGAAAAAGUGAAGUUGAAAGCAGAAGCUCUGUGUCAGACAGAUAUGAUUUUUUCUUUUACUUACAAAUGUGUACUUUUACAGUUAUAAUGUAGAAGUAACUGUUAGUCACAAUGACUUCUGAUGAUGAUCUCAAAUGCUGAGUGCAUGGAGUGCAAUGGCCUUUCUAUAUGCCUUCAACCUGCACUGAUUUCGUAUUGACAAAUCUCUCUCUCUCUCUCUCUCUCUCUCUCUCUCUCUCUCUGUGUUUGUGUGAUUAUGGACAAAAUCCAGGCAGACCCUUAUCUGCAUGAUUAUGAAACAUUUGGCUGGUUAAAGUUACACCCAACAGACUGCUGUUGCUGUUCUCUUUACUGCACAACAGGAGCAGAGUUAAAUAAAGUGACUGCAGCCUACCAACAGCACUGUCUCUCACUAGGGAUCUUACCACACAUCAAGAUGCAUUUGGAAUACAUUAUGGACCUACAAGCUUUUAAUAUAUAUUCUUACUGACUCAUAAUUACUAUUUUCUACUAUUUUUACUAUUAAUCUUUAUUUAUAUUAUAAUAAAUCCAUUUGCAUUGUA